AUGGUAUUCACUCGUUCAAUGAAGAGGAAUAGAGAACAGCAAGAAUCGGUUGGAAAUCAAAUUUCGAGACGAGGUCAGCGGCCUCAAGAAAUCAGUUAUGAUCCGAUGGAAAUUCUUGAAGCAACAAGUUCAUCUAUUAGAAGACAAGCGAUUGGUGGAGUUAUAGCUGAUGCACCUAUUGCUAAACGAAAAAAGCGUAUCAUGAAUCUUGGAACUGAAAAUUACCCAAUUGUAAUAGGUCUAUCUCCUGAUUCAGAUAAUUGCGUUGAUUGCUCUAAUGAUAUUCAGAUAAUGGAUAACCCGAAUGGUAAUACAUUAGGAUUGGCGGAUGACAAAUUGAAAUUGAAUAAGAUCUGCGACAAUUUAACUUGUAGUAUUUGUUUGGAAAUAAUCCACAAAUGCGUCAGCAUUUUUCCGUGUUUGCAUAAAUUUUGCGCUGGUUGUUUAUCAGAUUGGAUAAAAAUGAGAAAGUCAUGUCCAAAAUGUCGAAAUCAUAUUAAUGAUGUUAAUGAUAUUGCACAGGACGUAACGAUCGACAAUAUAAUUGUUGUUUUUUUAGAGCAAUAUCCAGCACAUUGUCGUGCUGCCUCUGAGCUUGAAGAAUUAGAUAGGAAAGAUGAGAUAACGAAUCGAGCAUUUCGUCGUAAUGGAAAAAGAGGAAGUCGAUUGCCAGUUUUUAAUGGUGUUAAUACCGUACGAUCUUUUCGUGGCCGAAUAUAUGAUAUUGUCUUUUCUUAA